CUGAGGUACUUGAUCCAGCUUUCUCGCCUUACACAAUUAUCAAAAAAAUAUUGUUGUUCUCUCAUAACAAAUGAGACAUCUACAUGCCUGAACUUCAUUCAUUUCCCAUGUUAUAAAGUGUGUGGAAGUAUUCACUGUAAAAUAAAAAUUAUCUCAACACGUAAAGAAAUCAUUGAUUCUGUGAUUUUUCUUAUCCCCCUUGCAAUGGAAUAGUGAGAUCCGAAGGAAUAAUAUCCCAAACCUUGAGAAAAUACAAAUGGACACAUAUGUGGGAGGGUUAACCAGAAGAAGGCAUUGUUAGCUCUUCUAUCCGGAACGGGAGCCCCUCUUGUGUUGGUGGCGGGUGGGAGAUGGAUAUAAGUACACUCAACGGGGAUGAUGCCUAUCAGUAUCUUCGCGCUCUCAACCUCAGCGACGUUAGCUCUAACGACGAAAACGAGAAGAAAAAAAGAAAAUUAGUGUGAGACUGACUGAAAGUGAAAACGGAAGUCAUGAUUAAGCUACUGAGUCUGCUACUAGCCUCAACAGUUUGGUCCACCGGAGCUGUCCUUAUUGGCCAUAACGGCGGCCACGGACACUAUUAUCCCGAUUAUUCCGGGUAUGAAACAUUGACGAACGACUACGAGACUCAUCACGUCGUACCAACGGUCUCCGUACCUGUACAUUCUGUCUCGGCCGCACCUUUUCUCGCUCACGAACAUCAUCCCCAUCACGCUCUCGCCAAUCACGAUCCUCAUAAUGAGGAUCACGAUUACUAUUCUCAUCCGAAAUACACCUUUAAUUAUGGUGUCCAUGAUCCUCACACCGGUGACGUAAAAACCCAGCACGAGGUACGUGAUGGAGAUGUCGUUCAUGGCUCCUAUAGCGUAAACGAACCAGACGGCAGUGUACGAAUUGUCGAGUACACAGCGGACGAUCACAACGGUUUUAAUGCUGUAGUCAAAAAGGUCGGACCAGCUACCCACCCCUCACCCAUUCACCUUGCUAAAUACGUGGAAGCGACACCUGAAUACUACGGUUAUGAAUUCGAUAAACAUCAUUUUUAAGAUUGAAUGGAGAAAGUGACGAAAACGAAGGAAAAUUAAUCAUAAGAAAAUCCGAAACGAUCAGACCGAUCAGAAAAAUUCACUGACAUGUAUUCACUACAGAUUUGUUACUUAAAAUUACUUCCGUGUCGGACAAACGAAGAUCUCAUAACUUUCAUACAAAAAAAAAGCAAUUUAAAAAUGCCGCAGUAUUCAUUCUACUUAAAUGUGUCCUAAUCCAAUUAAAUGUCUUUCUAAAUCAUAACUACCAAUUAUUUGUUAAACUAAAUUAUCGCAUUUGUACUUUGAUAACUUAAAAUAAAAGAAAGAAAGAAAAACA